AUGAAGCCAACCAUUACUAAACUAGAAUACGAAAAGAUAAAAAAAGAUGCUUUGGUUAUUGAUGUGCGGAGUAAAUUAGAGCAUACAACCUUGCCUAACUUACCAAAUAGUAAUCGUUCGGGACAAGUAGCAGAGUUUUUGCACCAGCAAGGAUAUCAAAUUUUUGUUUUAGAAGGCGGUAUAGAAAAUUAUUUUAAGGAAAAAGUUAAGGAAACUAUUAAAAAGUAUUUACGAAUCCUUAAUCAGUAUGGGAAAAGAAAGAUAGAUACUGAGUCUAUUUCUGACUUUCUCCGCGAAAACUUAACCAAAUGCGAACCGGCUACUUUAAGAAGUAAACGCAAUGCUUUGGCUUCUUACAAUUUAGAGAAGUUAAAAAAUGUUCGCACGCAAAUUAAAACCAAUGCACGAGAUAGUUUAAUUAUAGAGUUUUUGUAUUACACCGGAUUAAGAAUUAAUGAAUUGAUAAACCUAAAACAUAGCGAUUACAUUAAUGGACUGUUAAGAAUUCAUGGCAAGGGUAAUAAGGUUAGAUAUAUUCCUUUACCUCCUUUUUUAACUCAAUAUUUUGAUCCUUACUCACGACAAUAUCUCUUUUUAACGAGAAAUGGUAAAAAACUCACUAAGGGACAAAUAAGAAGAAAUAUUUUAGAAACUAUUCAAAAACAAUUAGGUCAUUAUGAUGUUAACACUACUUUAGGGUAUAUUCACAAUGAUUAUCAAACUUUAUAUGCUGAUUAUAAAAUAUUAAGAGAAAAAUUAUUAAUUCCUCGCAAUAUUAGUCCCAGUGAUUUAGCAACCGCUUUAAAAGUUCCCAAAGAACAAAUUCAAAGAAUUUGCGAAGAAAGAGGAGAUAUCACUCCCGACUUAGCUACCCUGAGAAGAAGAUUGAGAAUAACUUCCGAAGCAAAAGAUAAAAGAGAUUUUGCAAUGUUCUCGGGUUUCCGUUUAGAACCAAUUGCUGGAACUAAAAACCAUUGGAGCAUUAGAACUGGCAGUGGAGCAUGA